AUGGAUAACAUUAAGAAAUUUUACCUAGCCAGUGUGGAAUCUGUUGAUUUUAACAAUGCUGCAGAAGAAAGUCAAAAAAUCAAGGAUAUGUUUCCCAAAGACUCUCUUAACCAUACCAUUCUGGUUCUGGUGAACGCAGUCUAUUUUAAAGGACAGUGGGACACGAAAUUUGAUACAAAAAACACAGUGGAGAAAGAAUUCUGGCUGGACAAGGACACAAGCAAACCUGUGCAGAUGAUGAGACAAUCCAACGUUUUUAAUUUCACCUCACUGGAGGACUUGCAAGCCAAGAUCCUAGAAAUACCAUACAAAGGCAAAGAUCUAAGCAUGAUGUUGCUGCUGCCACACGAAGUAGAUGGUCUGCAGAAGCUUGAAGAUCAACUCACUGCUGAGAACCUAAUAGAGUGGACGAGCUCACAGAAUAUGAGCAAUGGGCAGGUGGAUUUAUACUUACCCCGGUUCAAAGUAGAAGAGAGUUAUGAGCUCAAGGCCACGCUGAAAGCCCUGGGAAUGGUGGAUGCAUUCAACACAAAGAGGGCCAACUUCUCAGGCAUGACAGGGAGGCAGGAUCUUGUGGUGUCUAAAGUCAGGCACAAGUCCUUUGUGGAGGUCACCGAAGAGGGCACGGAGGCUGCAGCCUCCACAGACGUAGAAGUUAUUGCCAAAUCAGCACCAAUCUAUCCUUUUCAUUGCGAUCACCCUUUCCUGUUCUUCAUCAAGCACAAUAAGACCAACAGCAUCCUCUUCUUGGGCAGAGUCUCUUCCCCUUAG